GAAAUCCUGUUUAACUGCAGAGCUGUUACUCUGACUGCUCUCCUUCUCACACACUAUGUGACAUCACCUCUGGUUCUAAUUUAAUGACCAAUAAGCAACUUUAUUGUAACUAUAUAGUUGCAAUAAAUGAAUAAAUUAUUUAAAGGGGUAAAUGAAGCAUGGUGUUAUUCUGUUUAGUUGUGUUUUAUAAGUACAGAUACCUCUGUCCCAUUACCUGGAUAAUUUUAUUGUUGUUUUUGUUUUGUAGAUUUAUAUUAUUUUUCAAUGAACAUUUAUAAGACAAGUAUAAAAUAGUUUUGUUGUCAUGUAUAGUUCUUAAAUAAAAAUUGCAACAAAAUUUCUGAGCAGUGCAUCUGUACUGUUUUCCCAUUGCCCCAAUUUUUUCCAUCUUUCUCUUUUGCCAUUUGAGUUUAUUGCUUCAGUUUCUGACUUUCUGCUUUAUGGUUUAACUUUCAUCCAGCUGACCUCUAAAAAGUAUUUAUUUGCAUUCUUCUCGACCACAUCUUGUGACUUGAGGAGAUGAUGCAACAUGGUGUUAAAAGUGUCUAAAGAUUCUCAGUUUAUUUUACUGAGUGAUGACUGUCAUAAUCAUUGUGGUGUUACCAGAACACCUCAGGGAAAGGAGAGAAAAAAAAACUUCAAGAAACUACCAUUAGAAUGGAGAAUAUUUUAAAGGAAAUUGAAAACAUGUUCUAGCCUCUAAACUUACAGAAAUACAAGAUAGUUUUUUAGCUCUGCUUCUAAUUUCAGAGCAAAUUAACUAAACUUUACAGUAUCAAACCAGACUUCUGAGAUUAUAUGUUAUUUGCAAUGCUGCUCCUUUGGUUGAUUUCCUACUCAGCUUUCUCCCUUGUGAGACCAAAGAAAAUUCCAGUGCUGGUGUUACAGGCACCUUUGAUUUCCAUGUCCUCCGUUAGAAAAAGAGUUCAGUGUUUGUAUUUGCUGAGAAAGACUCACUUUAAUUAACUCUGGGUCAUGAGAUGUCUCAUGGUAAUUAUAUUUCCCUUCUUCUCUUUGUUUUAUCCACUUUCAUCGUUAUCAUGUUCACUGGAGCAAGAUCAUGACUUUACUCAAUGAGUCGGAGAAGACCUCUCCCUCCCUUCCCCUCUCCUCCCUUAAGAACAAUUUCUCAGCCUUUAUCGCACCUGACCUCCCUUAUUCCCCUGCAUCCUAUCCCACCUCCUCCUCUUCCUCUUCUUCCCUACUGACAUCCUCCAACUGCACCAGCUCUCCACCGUCUUCCUCACCACCAUACAACUUCUACGCAGUGCUGUUGGUCCUCCUCAUCUUUUGUGUGGUGUUCGGCAAUGUACUUGUGUGUGUCGCUGUGUCUCGGGAGCGUGCUCUUCAGACCACCACCAACUACCUCAUCGUCUCCCUGGCCGUGUCCGACCUGCUGCUGGCCACGCUGGUCAUGCCCUGGGGUGUCUACCUGGAGGUUGUAGGAGAGUGGCGCUUCAGUCUAAUCCACUGUGACAUUCUGCUCACCCUGGAUGUCAUGAUGUGCACCGCCAGCAUCCUCAACCUGUGUGCCAUCAGCAUCGACAGAUACACAGCAGUAGCCAUGCCGUUGCUCUACAACACCAGAUACAGUUCCAGGAGGAGGGUUGCUGUGAUGAUCGCUGUGGUGUGGUUUCUCUCUUUUGCCAUCUCCUGCCCCUUAUUGUUUGGACUGAACAACACAGCAAGCCGGGAAGGCACCACAUGCAGCUUCGCAGACCCAGCAUUCGUGGUUUACUCGUCUGUAGCCUCUUUCUAUGUACCAUUUAUUGUAACGCUGCUGGUGUAUGCCCAGAUCUGUGUGGUGCUGCGCAAACGUGGUAGACGCACCGCCCCACCCCGCAAACAUGGUCUGCUGACACAAAGUGGUUCUGGAGCAGUGGAAAGUCGGCAACGGAAGAAUAAGUGUACACAACCAGAAGAUGUGAAACUGUGCACUCUGAUCCUUAGACCUGCCACUGCAGGUCCUCAACGAAAGAAAGUGACCCUUGUGAAGGAGUCCAUGGUUCAUCCCCUUGAAGUGGAGCCGGGUAGAUUCCUACCGCAGACAGAGCAGAAUGUACCAACUGCCAACGUUCCCCGGCCUUCGUCUCAUUCACUGCAGUCUAAGAUCUCACUCUCCAUCGCAGUGGGACCAGCCCCCAGCCUUCCCUCCGCCGUGGCGCGAUCAGCUCUGAUGCCCCGUCCCCCCACCCUUGAGGAUGGUAUGCGAGGUCGAGAGGGGUGGAGGGAGCGCAGCGGAGGCAGAGAGAAAUGGGGCACCACCAAGGAGAGGGUGAGAGGGAGGCUCUCACAGCAGAAGGAACGGAAGGCAACACAGAUGCUGGCCAUCGUGCUGGGUGUGUUCAUCAUCUGCUGGCUGCCUUUCUUCCUGACCCACGUGCUAAAGGCCCACUGCAGGAGCUGCUGCAUCUCGCCCUCUCUGUACAGUGCCGUCACCUGGCUUGGAUAUCUCAAUAGCGCAGUAAACCCUGUUAUCUACACAACUUUCAACAUUGAAUUUCGCAAAGCCUUCAUCAAGAUCCUGCACUGCUAGCCCAAACUGAAAAGCAUGAGCUGUCAAAAUGAAAAAAUAAGAGAACAAGUUGUGGGAAUAUAGAAAAAGCAAAGAUAAAGCUCUCUGUGACAGUUUGAUGCUGAGAAGAACUGACACUAUAAUAUGGAUGACUUGGAGUUAUGGAGAUAAUAACUUUUUUGAAGAAUUCAAGAUGAGGAAAAUGGAACUGGAGGCUCAGACGAGAGUAAACCACAGAGAGAAAACAAGGUUUAAGAAGGAAAUGACAGCAGGCACACAAAGAAUCUACAAAAACAGUUUGUGACUAGUCGAAGACAGCUACAAGACACACAACAAAGCUGGAGAUAUGUAUUGUAGAGGAGACAUAUACUGUGCUCUGUGUAUAUAUUCUGUAAAGGGGACUAUGUUCAGGAAGGUAAUUGUACAUUGACUCAAACCCUGCAUUUGAGGGUUUUGCUGCAACGAUACUGUUGUCCCAGUGUACUGGAUUGCUUUAUUUGUACCAGACUGGUUCUGCUGUAAUUACCCAAUUUUUUUAUGUGUUUGCAUAAGCUUGUCUUUCUCACAGGACACAAGGUCAAGUUAAACAUACAAAAAAAGAAAAGAAAUUAUCCGUAUUUUGCGCCAAACUUGUUUUGUUUCAUUUUGUAUUGCUGAGAAUUGUUCCUGAGCUUUCUCUGAAAACAUAUUUGCUUUUAAUAAAUGUGUAUGUAUGUGCUGUAAAUAAAUGUUUAGGAUCGCUGCAUUGUUUUAAAGCAUAAAUUGUACUGUCCAACAAUUUUUAUUUAAGAUUUUGUUUUGAACAAUGUGUAAAUAAAUAUCAUUAAUCAUA